AUGCAUUUCCUCCAUAUCUCAUGUUCCCAUUUGCCUCAUCAAAUAACUCACCCAUUUGACCAAAACCAUAUACUGUCUUUCCUCUGUACUCCCAUAUACCCAGAAGGCAUAUUCAGUAGUGAUGCAUGUGGCAAACAACGCAAUGGCUUCUCUUACCACUGUGGGAUUUAUAAUAUUGAUCUCCACACCCUAUGUGCAACCAUGCCAUUGCUUCUAAACCAUCAAACAUACCACCAUCAUAACCUCAAUCUCACCUUCUUCAUUCCUUAUCCUGACAAAAGCUUCAUUUGUGAUAUAUGCAAUAAUUUGGGCUCAAAGCAAUGGUUCUAUGUGUUAUCGAUGUGAAUUUGAUGCUCAAUUGAGCUGCAGUACAGAAGAGCCAAAACCAGCUCCAAUAAUCGAACGAGGUCAGUUGCAAUAUUACCAAAGAGCACCAAUACCAGCUAUUACUCGGUAUCAAAUUGUUGGAAAUGCACCUGGUAACAAUUUGGCAAGGAAUGCAGCCUCAAGUUUAUUCGGGUAUCGUCAGGAACAUCCUUUGUUAAGCCAGCAGUUACUGCAGAAUUUGGUAAUCGGUUCUUCUCAGAGUUUAGGGCAACCUUUAGUGCAAGGACUACUAGUUGGUGUCGGCGGGCGUGGUGCAAUUGAUCUUGGAGGAGUAAGAGGUGGAAGAGUAUUCUUAGGAGAUUUUAUUUUUAAACUAACCAAUCCAAACCAAAAUUAUUUUGGUAACUGAAUCUGACGGGACAGCAAAUUGUGGUUCGGUUCGGUUAUCUAGCUUUUUUUUUUUUUUGCAGCUCUGUCUUUUGCCCAUGAAGUUAGACACGGGAAUGUCUUACUUGCUGGAGCUCAAGUUUGUUCGCCGAGGAAGGAGAUUUGGAUUAGGUAGGAGUUUCCGCCGAAUGGUUGGUUUAAAUUAAAUACCGACGGAAUUGUUCGGGGUAUGCUUAAAAUUGAAACUGGCAGUGGAAUUUUGAGAGAUAGCACUGGACAAUGGUUUUCUAGUCUUGCUACUUGUUGGAGUUCAUGUUCUGUCAUUCUAGCCGAAUGAUGGCUACUUGGGAAGGGCUUAAAAUUGCCAAGAUUAUAAAUAUUGAUAGACUCAUUUUAGAGUGUGAUAACAAACAAGUUGUUGAUCGGUUGUUCUCUGAAAUUGAGCCUUCUAAUAGUUAUAAAUCUAUUGUGAGAGCUACUAAAGCAUUACUUCACGGAGUUUAUGACUGUUAAGGUUUGUCAUGUCUAUAAAAGCUAAUUCACUA